AGGGAUGGAAACGGAGUGGAGAAUGAUUCAGAGUAUCUUCGAGAUAAGUUUGUUGAACGUGUAGAAACCUCAGACUUUGCCAGACUAACCAUGAACGUAAUCGUCUGUCCGGAUUGCAAGACGAGAGAGCAUGUGAUGGACUACGCUUCGGGGGACGUCAUUUGCGUCGAGUGUGGGCUCGUUCUCGAGUCUCAUUUUGUGGACGACGCGCCGGAAUGGCGUACAUUUGCGGACCAGAGCGGAGCGAAGGAUCGAAACCGAGUUGGUGAUUCGUACAAUGCCCUGCUUCCAGACGGUGGCAUCUCCACAACCUUCAGCCAUGUGGAGGGUAAUUGCAUUUCGUCAUCCCUCAAGCGUGCAGAAUCUCGACUCCCCAAUGGAGACAGCAGUCGGCUCCUCUCUAGCAUAACCAGAUGUGCCUCUAUGGCUUCACGACUGGGUCUGGUUCGGAGCAUUCAGACCAUCGCUUCCGAAAUCUAUCAGAAGGUGACAAACCUGAAUUUAACCAGAGGGAAAAGUCAAGAAGCGGUGCUGGCGUCUUGUUUGUACCUGGCGUGUCGCCAGGAGGGCGAACCCCGGUCGAUGAAAGAGAUUUGUUCGGUUGCAGAAGGUACAUCGCUGAAGGAAGUGGGACGAGCUUUGCUGUACAUAGAGAAACACAUCAUCAAAGAAAAACACAUCAAGGAAGAUCUAGGAAUGGGCAAGUCCGUCAAUGCAAGAGAUUUCGUGAUUCGUUUCUGCAUAAAGCUAGGUGUGAGUUAUAAAGCGAGAUUAGCAGCCACAAAAAUCGUCCAAAUGGCUGACAACCGGCUCUACGUGAGGAGAAACCCCAUGUCCGUGGCUGCAACUGCAAUAUUCAUGGUUUCCCAAAUCCAUGAACCAAGGAAGAGUUCUAUGGGAGAGAUCUCUACAGUUUGUGGUGUGGGCAUAAUCACAAUAUUGGAAACUUAUGAAGUUCUCCUCCCUCGUGCUUCCAUGAUCAUUCCGGCUUGGUUUGCCAACCACGAACAGCUUAGAGCUCUUCCACCUCUUCCACUCAAACGACGAGCUUUAGGGUGGAAGAGUUGAGUGGAAGAGUUUGAAUUGGAAUCGCGUUCCCACUCGACAACGACAUCCAUUUCCACAUGAGUUCCGAGUACAUAAUAGAAGAAUAGAAUUGGAGAAUCUUCGUGAAAAUAUCUCAUCACUGUCAACUCUAAGAUUCAUCUGGUUUGAUUGCUCGCAUGUAAGUUGCAUGCGAUCAAGCUCUCCAAGAGUAUGACAUUUCAUGCCUCGUGG